AUGCCUGCCUCCAUCCGCUCAGUUUCCGAGGCUAGCAGCACGCGAUCUUCAAAAGCCAGGUCAGUCCACUCCUCGUCGGAUCUUUGUCGGCGGCAUGCGCAGCAGACAGUGGAUCUCUUCACCCUCUUCUCAAUGGCCCAGGAGGUGCGGCGGGUCUCGGCAGAGCUCCGCAGCCUCGCAGAGGGCGGCGUGCCUUUGGAGGCAGCUGCGGCAGAGGCUCGGGACGUUCACCAGCAACUAUCUGCAGAGCUGUCGCGGCUGUCUCUCGCACAAAGCGAGCUCGACCUUCGUGACGGCACACGCGAGGAUGCCUCUGGCCCUGGCGACCAGUCACCGUCCAGGCCGCCGCGAAG